UAUAUAUUGUGAGUUGAAGGUUAUGUUAUCUUGAAAUUUUUAUAUUAAUAUUGUCUUUUAUGUUAUACUGGCUUACAAUAAGUUAAUAAUUGGACCCCCAUGUCGCAAGAGGUGGCACGCGUGAAGGAGGAGUCCGAUACGAUGGCAGAUGCAGUUCCAUCAUGUGGAGUGGAGGAGCUCCACAGCAAAGACUUCAGUGAGCCAGCCGUGUUCUUGGAUGUGCAGAAUGGGCUCCUGAAACCACAGUAUGUGGACAUGCCCUUGUGUUUGGAAGUCGACACAAACAGUCAGUAUGUUGAAAAUAUCAAGAACGAGCUUCUACUGGAGCCGGAAUGUAUUCAAUAUGUUAACACAGGCUUAACCAGGCCACCUAGGGAGUUUAAUCCCAUUUUGACCGACUGCUGGGUCCGAAUAGAACGCUGCGCGGCCGCAGAAAAAGCGCUCAAGAAACAUUUGGCACAGUUAUAUGUCAAAGAAAAUAGAAAGCACACACGAAUGAGAGACGACGAAGACUUUUUAUGCGCAAAGUGUAAACGGAACGAAAAUUUCGAGUUCUGUCUACCGUGUAAUACGAGCAUGCGAGCUCUGAUCCAGUUAAGGAAAUUGCGUGGAAAACAACGUAAAAGAACAUUUACUUGCAGAAUAUGUGGCGAAAAAUUCCAAGAAAUUAACCAAUUGCAUCAGCAUAAAUUUCUUAUUCACGGAAAUAAUGAAAUUCUUCAGAAGAUGAAGAAUCCAACAGAGUUCUACAGCGCGUACUUGUCUAGUUUAUAUUCGGACAAGAUCAUUUGUGGAAGCACCUCCAACUGGCUAAACACUACUAAGAUAAAUACGGAAUACGAGACCGACACCAAAAAAGUACAUAUCGAGACCAAAAAAGUACAGACCAAGACCAAAAAAGUACAGACCAAGACCAAAAAAGUACAGCGGGCUAAAAUUGGUGCCCCCGUAGUUAACCCAGGAAAUAUGAUACCUAUAUCAAACCACAAACGUGAGAAACAAUCUUAUUGCUGCAAAAUAUGUAAUAAACCUGGCAAACAACUAUGUGGUGAUUGUGAGACAGAAAAGGCCUUGAAUCAAUUAAGUAAUUUGUAUGUGUCUAAGGUUAGACUAGGAAACAAUGAGUUUGUAGACAGGACACUAUUAGGAAUCGAGCGACCACCACGUUCGCGCAAAGGGAACCGUCAAAUGAGCCGCAAAAAAAAACAAAUGCUUACAACACGCGAAUGCUUCGUUCGGCUGGAGCGCUGCGAGGCCGCGGAGAAAGCCUUACGACUCAAAAUUGGCGUCAAAUCUGAAAUCGUUGCUGAAAAUACAAAAACGAUGCUAUUCAAUUUGACAUCUGACAAGAGUGUAAAACAAAUACACUUAAUGCCAAAUUCUGUAAUACAUGUGAAAGUGAAUACGCACAAAAGUUAUUAAUUUCUAUGCUUGUAAGACCAAAAUAAAAACCGGUCAAGUGCGAGUUCGUUUUACUCGCGUGUUGGAUUUGCCAUUAUGAAAUCGCAUUGUAACAUUUUAAGGUACAUUUUAUUCAAACAUUUAAAAUACGGCAUAAUGUCGGUAGGCGAAGAAACGAGUAGAUCAUGCCAUUUACCUGAACCAGGUAUAAAAGGAUGAUGCUCGCUGGCGAGCGGUCACUUGUUGUGCUACCAGCGCCACGGACAGAGAUAAGUACCUUAAUCUGAUUAUUUAUUUUGUACUGUAUAUUUAGAUACAUUUAUUAAUGAAAAUGUGGCUUAGUGUUAGAAGUAUAAUAUUAUGAUUAUUGUUGUUUAUUAAAUACUUUUACUGCUAUUAAAGUAUGAUUUUUAAAUUAUA